UUGGGUUAGACGUUUUCGUUUGACGAGCAAAUGGGGAACGCUCAAACAGCUAAAAAAGGAGACCCUGCGGAUGUUAAGGCUUUCCUGGAAGAAGCUAAGAAGGAAUUUCUGGAACGAUGGGAAAAACCUACUCAGAAUACUUCAACAUUGGACGCUUUUGAUAGGAUUAAAACCCUUGGUACCGGGUCUUUUGGCCGCGUGAUGCUAGUACAGCACAAGGCUAGCAAGAAUUACUACGCUAUGAAAAUCUUGGAUAAACAGAAGGUGGUUAAACUGAAACAAGUGGAACAUACACUGAACGAGAAACGCAUUCUGCAAGCCAUUUCUUUCCCAUUCCUUGUUCGCCUGGAUUAUCACUUCAAGGAUAACAGCAACUUGUACAUGGUACUAGAAUUCGUAAACGGUGGUGAGAUGUUUUCUUAUCUGCGGCGGGUUGGUCGAUUCAACGAGUGUCACGCACGAUUUUAUGCUGGUCAAGUUGUUCUGGCAUUCGAAUAUCUCCACUAUUUGGAACUGGUUUACCGCGAUUUGAAACCGGAAAAUAUCUUGAUCGAUCAGUUUGGUUACCUUAAGAUUACGGACUUCGGUUUUGCAAAACGAGUCAAAGGGAGGACAUGGACCCUCUGUGGCACUCCCGAAUAUUUAGCACCGGAAAUUAUUUUGAGCAAGGGAUACAACAAAGCAGUAGAUUGGUGGGCCUUGGGUGUUCUAAUCUACGAAAUGGCGGCUGGUUAUCCACCAUUCUUCGCAGACCAACCAAUUCAAAUAUACGAGAAGAUUGUGUCAGGAAAGGUCCGAUUCCCCUCACACUUCAGUUCUGAUUUAAAGGACCUAUUGCGCAACCUGCUUCAAGUCGAUUUGACUAAGCGUUUCGGCAAUUUGAAAAACGGCGUCAAUGAUAUCAAGACACACAAAUGGUUUGCAACUACUGACUGGAUCGCCACAUAUAAGCGUGAACUGGAUGCACCAUUUACACCCAAAUGCAGCGGAGCAGGCGAUGCAAGCAACUUUGACGAUUAUGAAGAGGAACCACUGCGUAUUGCAACUACAGAGAAGUGCGCCAAAGAAUUUAACGAAUUUUAAUUCCACCACAAUAUGCACCCAACCACACCACUCCUACGUGCUCGCCAUCCGUAAUCCGCUAUUCUUCGGGGGCAUGCAGGCCUUUCAUGUGUGAUCUGAAUUCUGUUUCUCUCUAUCAAUGUCUUUUAAGCAAAACUCCUAUCGUUUUAGCCGUAUGUUUCCUGCUGGUCAUAUGCAUUCGACCCUCCAUCUCCUCGAUCUCGGUCUACAGGUGCAUAGCUAAUAGGUUGAGAUUAAUCUCCUUCGGGGCUGUGUUCCAUCUCCUAUCUAUUCCUCCUCAGUACCGCCCACGACCCAAUCCAUUUUCGCAUCAUGAAACUCUUCAUUCGGAACCUUCUCUUGUGUGGCUGCUGUUUUUGGAUCGGACGUGAUUAGUGCGCUAUAUGUACUGAUGUGAACAGGUUAUGACCUACCAUCCUCAUGAUGCUUUCCGGCUCACCAAGUAACAAUCUGAAUGAGGAUAACAACCGAAAUGAAAUCGCGAUGCAUCAUUUUGUCUUUGUCCGAGACACCAGUCUGGUAACUACAUCGUUCGACCCUACUCCGGCGCAGUUUUAUUCAGGUACGCUGUCAUUGUCAGUCCGCAUCGUGGAUCAUUUUCAAUCAAGAACACUUGUUCGCACUUCAUAAUAAUUUCUAGAACGUCUGUUGCAAUUUUUCCCCAAUUGAACAUCACUGCUGACUUGAUUGUGAAUUUAACUUGAAGCAUAAGAAGAAAUGGAGAUGUCGGGCAACUGUAGCAUAUUCACUUGAAUCAUUGUUCUCGUUCGUUUUGAAAAACUGGCCUGCAGCAAUAGCCACCCAAAGCCUCGAUCAGGUCAGCUUCUUAUCUCUUGAUGUUGCGUCGUCCUCUGCACAUCAUUCAAAACCCCGGGCACUGUUUUUGUAAAUACCUUACUGUUAUGAGACGGACGGCCUAGAAUUUGUGUGAUCUCUUGAUAAUUUGCGGAAAAACCAUGAAUAUGCUUAGCCCAUCAAAUUCUAGCUUGUUCACUUAUCUAUCGUGUUCCUACAACCAUUAUAUUUGGUAUUAUUACUACUCUUUCGUUCCGCAAUGUAUUUUUCAUUGAAAUUCAAGAAUGUUCGCUCAGUG